AUGGCAGCUGCCGGCCUCUGCUUCUUAGCAACAGUCUCCUUGUACCUGCUGGCCCCCACUUCUGCUUUUGUAGAGGAUCUGGAUGAGACUUUCAAAGAAACGCGACAAGAUGACAUCUGGCUUGUUGAUUUUUAUGCUCCUUGGUGCGGUCACUGCAAGAAGCUUGAACCUGUCUGGAACGAAGUUGGCAUUGAGAUGAGGUCUAGCGGUUCCCCAGUGAGAGUUGGAAAGAUGGAUGCAACAGUUCAUUCAAGUAUUGCUUCAGAAUUUGGGGUCCGUGGAUUUCCAACAAUAAAACUAUUAAAAGGUGAUAUGGCAUAUAACUAUAGAGGCCAGAGAACAAAAGAGGACAUUGUUGAAUUUGCAAAUAGAGUUGCUGGGCCUCUUAUACGACAGCUUCCCAGCCAACAGAUGUUCGAACAUGUGCAGAAGCGUCACCCAGUACUAUUCGUAUAUGUUGGUGUUGAAUCAACUCUAAAGGAAAAAUUCAUUGAAGUUGCAUCAGAACUUAUUGUGUACACAUACUUCUUUUCUGCUUCAGAAGAUGUCUUGCCUGAGUAUGUCAAGCUGAAUGAAGUACCUGCUAUAUUGGUGUUUAAAGAUGCAACCUACUUUGUUUAUGAUGAAUAUGAAGAUGGUGAUUUGUCCAGCUGGGUGAACAGAGAGAGAUUUGAAGGGUAUCUUCAUGUUGAUGGAUUUACAUUGUACGAGCUUGGAGACACAGGAAAACUUGUGGCUGUUGCAGUAAUUGAUGAUAAAAACAAUUCAGUUGAGCAUACUCGGUUAAAGUCUAUUGUUCAAGAGGUUUCCAAAAGCUAUAGAGAUCUUUUUCAUCGAGACUUCCAGUUUGGACACAUGGAUGGCAGCGAGUACAUAAAUAGUCUGUUAAUGGAUGAAGUUCAGGUCCCAACUAUUGUUGUACUCAACACAUCCAAUCAGCAGUAUUUUCUGCCGAGCAAGAAAAUCGAAAGCGUGGAAGAUAUGAUUCAGUUCAUUAACAGCAUCCUAGAUGGUACAGCAGAUGCUCAAGGGGGUGAUGGAAUACUGCAACGUAUCAAGAGAGUUGCGUAUGAUGCCCGAUCUACUGUUGUAUCCGUGUUCAAGAGUUCACCUCUUCUUGGAUGCUUCCUCUUUGGUCUGCCACUGGGUGUCAUCAGCAUUAUGUGUUAUGGAAUCUGCACAGCCGACACCGAUGACGGCACUGAGGAAAUGACCAGAAAGGAUGUGAUUGAUCCAAGUCAUACAGACGAGGGCAGCGAUGAGGAACAAGACGAGGACAAAAUGAGAGAGCACUCUUCAGAGGUGACGGAUGAAGAUCAAGAAGAAAAGGAUAUUAUGGAGAAGAAGAAAGAUUAA